AUGGUGCUGGGGGCCUGUGUAACCAGCCCGACACGUCCGACUGAGGCCGACGAAAUGAUGAAUAACAGCAGGCCAGCCGCCUCGACAGGCACCAGCUACAGUGGUGAAAUCUCUGUGCUGGGGCAGCAGCGGCCGCAUGCCGCUGGCCCGACAUCUUCGGGCAAAAUGACAUGCCACUGGCUCGAGGGUAUCCCGGGCUUCCUACCUUUCGAGCAAAUAGAAGGAAUCGGCCUGGAUAUCCAGACUCCGGCAGCUACUAUGGAUAUGAAACUCGUAGAGAGACGGUGUGAGCCCGAUGUCACAAUCGUGAACGAUGGGAUGGAGGGAAGUGGGAGACAACAGCCCAUGCUGUCACCUGGUAAACGUCAAAGCAUGCGGGGUGAAGCAACCAAGACACAUACCGUUGCCGCAAAGAGACAGAAUCGUGUCAGCAGUGCAAAGCAGGCCGAGCGCCGCGCAGGCAAGAAGGCCGCCACUCAAGGCGUGACCAAAGCGACGUGCGCCCGUACCUCCCCAUUCCCUGAGGAGGCGCACUGCACCAUCAUCGCCCUGACGGGAUACUCAACGCUCCCGGAUUACCCUGAACGCAAGAAAAUGACAGAGGAGGAUCGCCAGCAGCUGAUGGAGGAAAGACGUCAGCAUGUGCUAGAGGAGAGCAAAGAGCGACUGACGAGCGCCCAGCAAGCUGCCGUCGAAAAGCUCCGGGAGAAGCUCGGACUCUCGACCGACGAAAAGAAAUUCGAUCUCAACGUUCUCAAUGAGGUGUCGAUGCGAAAGGCGAGAUGGCACACCGACUUUUAUGUCCAGCUGGCGCUCUGCUGCAGCGAGCACAAUCUGUUGACAAGAGACGAGGUGUGCGACGCGAUGGAGGAAAUAUGGUAUUUCAAAGAACGCUCAUAUGCUGGCGACAAUAAGUGGAGGGAGUUCGGUUGUUUGAAGCUUCGGAAUGCGAGAACAAACCACGAUAUCAACCUCCACUUUCUCUACUUUUCCGGCGGGGAAGGAAGGCGAACGGUAUACGAGAGGAAGGACCGCUCUCUUCGUAGUGAAGAGAGACACGAAAAAUCGAAAGAAUCCGCGCCUGCUGGUAAUCCAAUACCACGCAUGCUCAAACCCAAGUUCGAUCAUUCGUACCUCUCCUUCAACCAACGAGAGAUACGAUAA